AAAAAUAAAAUGAAUCUAGUUAACUGAUGUAACAAGAACAAGUCAUGUGUUUGACAAGUGAAGUGAGUGAGAGCAGUUUGCGAUCGGAUGUUUCCAUAAAAACGAUCAUGGUGAGCAAGGAGCAGCAGGCGCAGAACCUGAUGGCCGAAGCGGAGAAGAAGUUGAACUCGUCGAAGGGUUUCUUCGGAUCGUUGUUCGGUUCGACUUCGAAGAGCGAGGAGGUUGCGGACUGCUACCAGAGAGCAGGUAACCUCUACAAGAUGGUGAAGAAGUGGAGCGAAGCAGGAGACGCCUUCAGUCGAGCAGCGAAUCUGCACACGAAAGCCGGGUCCAGGCACGACGCGGCUGUCUGCCAUCUGGAUGCGGCCAACAGCUACAAGAAGUCCGAACCCAAGGAGGCGGUGAAUUGUUAUCUGAGGGCGAUCGACAUUUACACGGACAUGGGGAGAUUCGCGAUCGCCGCCAAACACCAUCAGAACAUCGCGGAGAUUUACGAGGCCAACGACGAACCGCAGAAGGCUGUGCAGCAUUUCGAGCAGUCCGGCGAGUACUUUCGCGGGGAGGAGAACCACUCUUCGGCGAACAAGUGUUUCCUGAAGGUCGCCCAUCACGUGGCGCUUCUGGAGAACUACGAGAAAGCGGUGGAGGUUUACGAGGACGUGGCCAGACGAUCCGUGGACAACUCUUUCUUGAAGUAUUGCACCAAGGAGUACCUGUUCAGGGCGCUGCUCUGUCACCUGUGCGUCGACGUCGUGAACGCCGAGUUGGCUUUGGAAAGAUACGUCCUCAUGUGUCCGGCCUUUCAGGAUUCCAGAGAAUCCAAGCUCAUCCAAAGCGUACUCGAUUCCUUGGAGGAACAGAACGUGGAUGCUUUCACAGACGCCGUCCAAUCUUACGAUUCUGUCUCAAGGUUCGACUCUUGGUACACGACGAUGCUUCUGCGAAUCAAGAAUACUCUGAGCAAUCGCCCGGACUUGCGUUGAACCAUCAACACAUACAUUAUAUAAGAACAAUCAUGUACAUUUCCAUCUAAAUCUUUAAA